AAUCGUUUUCCAGGGCCUCCAAUCCUGUCUCGAAUCUCAGAUGGCCGAUCCCAGAACCCUCCGCCUGCGACUCUCCGCACCCAAACCCUCCCACCACUCCCUCGAGCUCUCUCUCAAGCCAUCAGAAUGGGGCGGGUGGAGCUUCCUCCAAACCUUAUCAGAAUCCGACCCGACUCCUCCUUCUUCCCCAAUCCUAAAACCCGCUUCCACUCCGUACGCGUCAAAACCCUCCUCCCUCAGCGACAGAUCCCUCCAGCUCUGCACCGAAAACCUCGGCUCCGAAACCGGGUCCGACAGCGCCUCCGCCACCGACGAUGACCGGAAUUACCUCUUCUCCCCUUCGCCUCCACGGGAAGCUGGUCCCCAACCGGAAUCGAAUUCGCCGACGCCGACCACGGGGGUGGAGGAAUCGCGGCCGGCUGUUUGUGGGAAAUACAAGAGAUCGAGGAGAGGUGGUUGUAAUUCGGCGGCUCGCCGGGAUUUCCCGCCGCCGCUGACGACGAUGAAAGGGCCGGAGGUGGUCCGGGUGAGGAGGCCCCACAGGGAAGGAGGGAGGCUGGUGAUCGAGGCCGUCAAGUGUCGAUCCCAGCCGUCGUGUUUCGAGGCGGAGAGGAUCGACGGCCGAUUGAGGCUCCACUUGGUCAGGGAUUUUGACUCUUCCUCCUCCUCCGUAACCGCCAGCGAGAAAAUUGCGGAAGGGAAUGGAGAAAUCCUUAGCCGAGAAGGAGAAGAGAUAAUGACGGAGAGUGAGAGUAGUAGGAGUAGGAGUAUGAAUAACAUUAACACAAACUCCAACACCGCCUGGAGAUGCGUAGCAGGAGGGGGACAGUAUGACAACAAGAAUGGGAAAGGCUUGUUCAACUGGGAGCCGUUUUGGGCUGCUACGGCGUCACUUCAAGUUUGAUUUUUUUUUUCUUCUUCUUCAUUCGGAUCAUAAUAUAAAUAAAUUUCCUUCGUCAUCAGUACCAUAAUUAAUCGGGAAUUUAUGAAUGAUUAUGAUUUUUUGGGAUAAUUUUUAAUGCGGUGGUCCUGGGAUGGCUACUUUUGUUGGUUGAAUAUUGUUGUCAUCUGAUCUGUAGCUGCUUUUCUAUGAGAGCUAUGGUUUUUCUAAUGAAAUAGCCAUUCCAUG